AUGGAUCUCCCGCUAAGAUCCCUGCUGCUGCUAGUAACGUUCAUAACACUGACUACACCUCCGACAAUCGAUAGCUUUCCGCAAGGAUGCUGCGUGUCCUGCUGUCCCACGUGCUGCAACCAGCAGGAAGUCACCACGGAAAUCACAAUGGCAAGGGCCACAAUCUACCCUCCGGGCGAGGAUUGCGACGAUUACGAUCUGGCUGCGGAGGCUACCUAUAAUCAGGACGGUUCACCCACUGUGGAUGAUCAUAUGCGAAGUCCUGGGAAAGGACGUGGUAGUGGUGGAGGUAAGGGAGGUGGUGGAAAGGGUGGUGGUGGUAAAGGAGGUGGUGGUAAAGGAGGUGGUGGAAAGGGAGGUGGUGGUAAAGGAAAUAGUGGAAAGGGAGGUAGUGGAAAGGGAGGUGGUGGAAAGGGAGGUGGUGGAAAGGGAGGUCGUGGAAAGGGAGGUGGUGGAAAGGGUGGUGGUGGAAAGGGAGGUGGUGGAAAUGGAGGUGGUGGAAAGGGAGGUGGUGGAAAUGGAGGUGGUGGAAAGACGGAAGCUCCCAGUUCUGGAGGUCCAGGAACUAUGCAACAAGUUCAAACCGGUAUGCAAACAAUUACAGCAACGGCCAAUCUGGCACAAGCGAUUAUAGGAAUUGUAAAAGUCUCUGGCGGUGGAGGAGGAGGUGACGGUGGAGGUGACGGUGGAAGUGGCACGGAAAAUGGGGCAACAGAUGACGAAGCGGAUGAUGAACCAGAGACAGGGGACGAGCAAGUGGCGACAUGA